GCCUGGUAGCUUCUGGCAAGUACCAGACAGCUUGUACCACCAAGUACUAGGAAGUCAUUUGCAUGGUAUUUGGUGAUAAGAAACAGCUGCAUACACUGGAUAAGUUGAAAGGAUAGUGUGACUUUUAAGGAACACCAUGGAGGAACAAACUGCAGACAUAGAGGUGACUGUCAAAACACUAGACUCCCAAAGCAGAACCUACACUGUUGGUGCUCAGUUGACAGUGAAAGAGUUUAAGGAGCACAUUGCCCCUUCAGUGGCUAUCCCUGUGGACAAACAGAGGCUGAUCUAUCAGGGCAGAGUUCUACAGGAUGAACGGACUCUGGCAGACUACAAUGUGGAUGGCAAAGUGAUACAUCUUGUGGAACGGGCCCCUCCUCCGCCCUCCCAGCCUGGGUCAGGGUCAGGAGGCACUUCAGCUGACAGUGGACCCUCCUCGUCCUCCCAAGGAACAUCACAAGUGCCUCCACAUGAUCGCAAUGCUAACAGCUAUGUAAUGCUUGGCACCUUCAACCUCCCUGUCAACAUCAUGGACCCCCAACAGAUACAGAUGUCGGUUCAGCAGAUGAUGUCUGGUAUGGGAGAGAAUGCCAGGAAUGCCAGAGUCACAACCAGCACUGGAAGCAACGGGUCUGUGAAUGUGCACAUUGAUAUGGACCAACCAGUGCAGAGUGGGCCAAGGCUGAGGCUGGUGCUGGCUGAGAACCUGCUGAGGGACAUCAAUGAUGUCAUCCACAGGAUGGAGGGUCGGCCGAGUGACUCAGCCACCCAAACAGAGGCAACCUCUGCUGCUGCUCCCCCUCCUCCUUCAUCUUCAUCUACCACCUCCACUCCCUCUCCCUCUGCCCAGCCCAUGGACACCUCCCCACCUCCAACAACUCCCCCACCUGCACCCACCUCUUCAGCACAAUCUGAGGGACCAGCACCCCAACCUGGACCCAAUCACCCCAGCCCAGCUGAGUUGGCAGAGAUGUUGUCUGAGCUGCGGAGGGUGGAGGAGAGACUGCAGCCCUUCAUUCAGAGAGCUCACACCAUCCUGGAGACAGCCACCACAGCAGAAUACAACAAUAAUACAGAGAGAGAAGAGGACCAGCGUACUCUUAUCCUGACGUUUGAGUGUCUCCGUCUCCUGGGUAACGCCCUUGUGGCCCUCAGUGACCUGCGAUUAAACCUCAUGAGCCCUGUGCCCCGCCACCUGCACGUGGUCCGGCCGUUUUCCCACUAUACCACCCCAGUCACUCUGCCUGGAGCUGUGCACCACCACAUCCCAGUGCAAAUGAACCUGGGUGCUGCUGCUAACAGCACUGAGGGACAAGCUCCGCCCACCCAGUCGGCUAGCCAAUUCGAGCAGGCAGGUCAGGGACAGACCUCACCCCCACAGACUUCCCCUCCCAAUCAGCAGGCAGGACCGGGACAGGCUGGCCCCCGUGUCAUCAGAAUCAGCCACCAGGCAGUCCCGGUGGUCAUGAUGCAGAUGAACACGGAUGGACCAGGUGCAAACCCUGCUGCCGCUGGACAGCAAAUGCCAGGACAACCAGGUGCCCUACCCCCUGACUUUAUGCGGAAUCUCAUGCAACAGAUCAGCCAAUAUGCUGCUGCCGUAGCUACUAGCGCCGCCACCGCCACUGCCACUGGCCAACCAGUUCCACCCCAGCCCACCCCUCCUGGCUACAGCUCCACAGCCAACUCUUCAACUACCACCACAGGUCCCAACACACCCACCACCACCCCUACUGCUCCCCCACCUCCCCCCCAUACUGGCCCCCAGCCCCAGGCCAGGGUCGUGUUCACCCGACCCCCCUUUGCAUCCAACUUGCCCCCUCCAUCCUUCGGCACUCGGGGAACCACCAUCAAUGUGAGGGCUGCCAUGCCGGGCCAGCAGCCAGGACAGGCUUUCAACCCUGCUGCUCUCAACCAGAUGAUUAGUGGACUGGUUGGACAGCUUUUGCUUCCUGGACAAAUGGCUGGUCAAACAGUCACAUCCUCCUCAUCCACAUCCACAUCCUCCUCUUCCUCCUUUUCCUCCUCCUCUCAAACCUCCUCAGCCUCCUCCUCCUUUUCUUUCUCCAAUUCGGGUCCAACUCCUCCUCCUACCGCAAACGCUACUAGUCCACCGAGCCAAUCUGAGACCAACACUGCUGAGCCCCAGUCCCAGGAGAUGCCCCCAGACCUCAGCCAGCUCCUGGGUUCUCUCCUAGGUGGUGCCGGUGCGGGCCCUUUAGGGGCCCCUUCAAUUACUGUCACCACAUCUGGUGUCCCAGCCUUCAUCCAGGGAGUGAGUGAAUUCAUGCAGCAGGCACAACCCAUCUUCUCUCCACCACCACCUCCCUCUGGUACCACUCCUGCUCCUGCUGCAGGGCCCAACCCCAUGCCCAACCCUCCUGCUGGAGCCGAAGCCCUCAACCCAGAGCUGUUCACAGGCAUCGUCCGUGGCGUGCUGAGCACCAUGAUGGGCUCUCUGGGCCAGGCCCAGAACGACACAGAGAGCAUUGCUCAGUUUAUGCAGAGGCUGUCCCAGGCAACAAACAUCUUCAUCAGUCCUGAGGAUCCUACCGGUUUUUUUGGAGAGCUGCUGAUGUUGGUGUGCCAGACAUUCACCAUGUCAGACCUGGUGAUGCUGCUUCAUGGCCAGCACCAGCCCCUUGGCCGCAUCCAGCCUCAACUGUCCCAGUUCUUCACCCAGAACUACCUCAACGGCAGAGAGCCAACCGAUGAAAACAUUGCUGCUGCGGCUGACAGUCUUGUCAAUGAACUGGAGGAGUAUAUCAGUGAGAGCUUUAUAGAGUCUUCAGUCACCGUGUUGGAGGGUGUUGAUGUCACUCAGACCAACAUGUCCUUCUUCAGACAGCAGCUGAUGCACAUUGCCACACACAUUCUGCGUUGCACGGAUGACUCAUUUGGGCCCCAGCUGCUACAGAUGUGCAACCAGGCAUUGUUUGAGUGUCUUGCCCUCAACCUGCACUGCCUGAGAGGAGACCAGAGAGCCCUCACCGCAGUCAUCAACCACAGAAUACGGAGGAUGUCCAGUGACAUUAGCCCCAGCCUGGUCAACUGGAUGACCAGCAUGAUGACAAUGAGGCUGCAGGUGAUUCUGGAGCACAUCCCCAUCACACAGGAGCAGAUCCAGAGCUACAUAGUUCACACACAGAGAGAUCAGUCUUCUGCAACUGGCACACAAGAGCCUGAACGAGCACAAAGUACAACGAUUGGGGACACCCUCUCACCAGCUGCAGCCACCACAGCAGAGGAAGCCAUGUCGGUGUCACACAGCACGAGGGCGUCCUCACGGGAAACGAGGGUGUUGCCAGGAGACCUGGGAGCCUCGGGAGGAGCGGCACCAUUAGGUGGCGACAUGGCAGCAGCAGGAGCUGAGGGAGGGAGUGACGAGUCUCCUCGAGAGUCAGAGGCCUGGGCGGCUGCUGUUCCACCUGAAUGGGUGCCCAUCAUCAGGUGUGAUAUGAUGACCCAGAGGAAGAUGAAGGCUCAGCCCCCGCUGUCUGACGCUUAUUUGCAAGGCAUGCCAGCUAAACGCAGGAAGACGGGACUGGGUGGUGGAAGCCUCCUCUCCCUCUCUGAUGCGGUGAGUCAAGCAGCCAGGACAGCGGGCGUGAAGCCCAUCACUUCCGCUGAGCGGUUACAAGACGAUCUGGAGACCCAGGAGCUGAAGGAAGCCUAUGCAGAACAGGUUAAAGCAGACAUCAAGAAACGAGUGAGGGAAGACCCAGAAUUCAACGCUCAGCAGUUCCCCAACGCACACAGAGCCUUCUCAUCAGACUCAUAA